AAAAUGGCGUCAUUUCCGGAGGCGGCUACACGACGCGGGCGCUAUGAGCGCCGCCCGAAUAGAAAAAUUAAAAAAAUUAGAAUUAGAUAGCGUUGUGUAAUUUUCUUUAUUGCAUUUAGCUAAAAACUUCACCAUUUGAAACAUGGGAAAACCAGAGUUCAAUAACUCCCGAGGCGGCGGUGGUGGGGGUCGCGGUGGAUUCAGAGGCGGUCGCGGCGGCGGCGGAGGUAGAGGCAGAGGUGGCUUCGGCGGAGGAAGAGGCGGUGGCGAUGGUGGGAGGUUUGAGAAAAGGGGUGGAGGAGGAAGAGGAUUUGGGGGCAGAGGCGGUGGAGGCCGCGGUCGGGGAGGCCCAGCCAGAGGCGGGUUCAAAGGUGGAAAGCAAGUUAUUAUUGAACCACAUAGACAUCCAGGAGUGUUCAUAGCGAGAGGCAAGGAAGAUGCAUUGGUGACAAAGAACUUAGUGCCUGGCUCAGAAGUGUAUGGAGAGAAAAGGAUAUCUGUUGAGAAUGAAGGAGAGAAGAUUGAAUACAGAGUAUGGAAUCCGUUCCGGUCGAAACUGGCUGCGGCUAUAAUGGGUGGGGUGGAUGCCAUACAUAUGCCGCCAGGGUCCAGGGUGUUGUACCUCGGAGCAGCCAGCGGUACCACUGUCAGCCAUGUCUCGGAUAUUGUUGGCCCAGAAGGUUUGGUGUAUGCGGUGGAAUUCUCACACAGAUCCGGCAGAGAUUUGAUCAAUGUAGCUAAGAAGAGAACUAAUAUAAUUCCUAUUAUAGAAGAUGCUAGGCAUCCGUUAAAAUAUAGAAUGCUGGUGGGUAUGGUGGAUACAAUAUUUGCGGACGUGGCCCAACCCGACCAGGCUAGGAUUGUAUGUUUGAACGCGCAGCAUUUCCUGAAGAAUGGCGGACAUUUUGUGAUAUCUAUUAAGGCGUCUUGUAUAGACUCCACUGCACAGCCCGAAGCAGUUUUUGCUGCGGAAGUCAAGAAGUUACAAGCAGACAAACUGAAACCUCAAGAACAGUUGACUUUAGAACCUUACGAAAGGGACCACGCGGUAGUCGUGGGUAUAUUUAGACCCCCGGUGAAGAAAACGUAGGGUUAAAUGUACCUUUAUUUUACUUCUACUGAGAGAAGUUAGUUUAGGACUCUCUAUGGUAUUUAAUCCCAUACAAAUGACAAAGCCUCGAUAGCUCAACGGUUGAGGAGCGGACUGAAUUCCGAAAGGUCGGUGGUUCAAACCCCACCCGUUGCACUAUUGUCGUACCCACUCCUGGCACAAGCUUUACGCUUAAUUGGAGGGGAAAGGGGGAGUAUUAGUCAUGAAAAAAAAACUGGGCGUUAGCCAUUGACUUAUGUAUUACUUCGUAUGGACCCGGUCAUUGAACAAACAAAAUUGCACAGAUUCCUCGAUGCUAAAAUGUAUAAGGACUAAGGAGCUAUGAAGCGAAGUGUGACGUCCGGAUUUCAAAUGCGAGCAGACGUUGCUUUGUGCUAGCUUAAUUGAUCAUGAAUUAAUAUUUGAAGCUGAUUUGACGAAAAUGUAGAAAAUGCUAGUCUUGAUUUUGUACCGAUCUUUAAAAAAAAUAUAUGUCGUUGAGUCAAUAUUAAAAAGAGGUUUUAAUGUCAUAGACUCCGUAAAAAGUAACGUUACGUGAAGGUACUCAGCCAUAUUUGUUUAGCUGUCACUGUUAGAGUUGGAUUUUGGUCGGCACGCGUUGCUGUGUUCAGAAUUCACUCUCGUCAUUUGUAUGGGAUUACGUAACAGAGUCCUAUGCUAACUUCUCUCCGUGGAUAUAGUAUAGUAUAGUGUAUAAGUUCCGUUAAUUUUGAUUAGAUGUAAGUUGUAUGGACAUACGAGGUGAUGUAUGUUAUUUUUAAGAGUAAUAAAUGAUGUUGCGAAUGAA